CCUGUCACCGUCACUCACUGUCCCUCGUUCAAAGCUUUGAAUCACAUUUGAGACAGAACACAAUUUCAUAGUCAUAAGUCAUGACAAAAAACCAAACCAGUCUUCUGCAACACAAACACACACUCACACAUUGAAUCCAACUGGACCCAGAUCCGAAUACCCAUCUCUCCCCAAACUGGACCUGACCCAGAUCCAGAUGAGAGUCCCAAUUCCACCACCUAUAUGAUAUGAUAUGAAGAGGUUCAAGAAAAACCAAGAUGAUGAGAAUGGUAAUGGCGUAGCCAGGUCACCGAAUUCGGAUUCCCACAUUGUUGUGAGAGAUCCAGAUAGGAAAUCCGGGUCCAACCCGAUGAGGCUGGUGGGGAUCGUUGUGGUUUGUCUGAUGAUUAUUUCGGUUCUGUUUUCAGUUUCUGUAGUUCUCAAAGACCCUCCUUCAGAUAAAGUUUGGAUAGCUGCUGCAGAGGCAAGGUUUGUUGAUGUGGGUCCCAAAAAAGGUUCAGAAGAUGAUGCUGUUCAGUCCACUGGGGUACCAAAGGAUAAACUGCUUAGAGGGUUACUUUCUGCUGGAUUUGAUGAUCGAUCUUGUAUCAGCAGGUAUCAGUCAGCUGAAUAUCGCAAGGAGCUAUCACACAAACCUUCCUCUUACCUCACUUCCAGGUUACGAAGAUAUGAAGCUCUACAUAAAAAAUGUGGACCCUAUACUGAAUUGUAUAACAAAACCUUGGAGCAACUGAAGUCUGGUCAUUCCACUGGGUCCUCAGAAUGUAAUUAUGUAGUAUGGAUUUCCUAUAGUGGAUUAGGGAAUAGGAUACUUACCCUAGCUUCAUCAUUUCUAUAUGCCCUCCUCACAAACCGUGUCCUACUUGUUGACCCUGGAGUUGAUGUGGCUGAUCUCUUCUGUGAACCGUUUCCAGAGGUUUCCUGGUUUCUUCCCCCAGAUUUUCCCCUUAAAAAUCAUUUCAACAGCUUCAAUCAGGAAUCCCCUCAAUGUUACGGGAAAAUGGUGAAGAAUAAUACAAUUGCAAAUUUGAAUGGGUUGAUACCAUCUUCUGUGUACCUCCAUCUAGCCCAUGAUUAUGGCGAUCAUGAUAAGCUUUUCUUCUGUGAUGAGGAUCAAUCUUUUCUGCAGAAAGUACCUUGGUUGAUUGUGAAAACAGAUAACUACUUCAUCCCAUCUAUUUUCUUAAUCCCUUCUUUUGAGCAAGAAUUGAGUAAUCUCUUCCCAAAUAGGGAUACGGUUUUCCACUUCUUAGGCCGAUAUCUAUUCCACCCCACAAAUCAGGUUUGGGGACUUAUUACCAGAUACUAUGAAGCCUAUUUAGCUAGAGCACAAGAAAGAAUAGGCAUUCAGAUCAGGGUCUUUGAUGUUGGGACUGGUCCAUUUCAGCAUGUACUUGACCAAAUCCUAGCUUGUACCAUAAAGGAGAAUCUUUUGCCAGAAAUCAACAGAGAGCAACACAUUAUCAGCCCAUCCAAAGGAACUCAGAAGUCUAAAGCUGUUCUGAUGACAUCAUUAAGUUCCGGGUACUCUGAAAAGAUUAGAGAUAUUUAUUGGGAACAUCCAACUGUAACCGGUGAGGUGGUUGGCAUUUUCCAGCCGAGCCAUGAAGAGUAUCAACAAACAGAGAAGCUAGUGCACAACCGGAAGGCAUGGGCAGAGAUGUACUUACUGAGCAUGACUGAUAUGUUGGUCACAAGCUCAUGGUCAACUUUCGGGUAUGUGGCUCAAGGUCUUGGAGGGUUAAAGCCAUGGAUACUAUACAAGCCUGAGAAUGGGACUGCCCCCGACCCACCUUGUCGUCGAGCCAUGUCAAUGGAACCUUGCUUCCAUGCACCUCCCUUCUAUGACUGCAAGGCAAAGGUCGGGGUUGACACAGGUAAAAUUGUACCCCAUGUGAGGCAUUGUGAGGACAUGAGCUGGGGCCUUAAGCUUGUUGAUCAUUAUGAUGAAUUGUAAUCAUUCUUGUAUGUCUUCAAAGAUUGGGAUUGGACACGGGUGAACCUGUUCGCCUUUAGAUUGUUGAGCAUUACGAUAAAUAGUAGUCUUGUGCCUGUUGUAUAAGUUAUAACUUUGAUAAUGAAUUUGCACUUUUUUUCGGUGUGCAAAA